AUGGCCGGCGCAUUGCAAGCUAUUGUCGCGGAAGUUCGUGCUUCCAACUUGCUUUCAUCUCGAGGAAUUGCACUUGUUCUAGGCGGUUUGAUUGUUUUCCAGGUCCUCAAAAGCGUCGUCUACAUCAUCUACAACCUUUACUUUCAUCCGCUCAGCAAAUACCCCGGACCGAAACUAUGGACGGCCUUCGAAGUCGCACGGACGAUCGGUCGCAUGCGGGGAGACUUCGACUUGCAAAUCGUUGAGGCACACCGCAAGCACGGCGAAGUCGUAAGGAUUGGUGUGGACGAGCUGUCUUUCAUCAAUCCAAGCGCCUGGAAGGACAUUUAUGGACAUGGCCACGCGGAGCUGCGUAAGUACUUCCCGCCUGACACUGUCAAUACGAACCAGAUCAUCGCGGCAAACUCGAGUGAUCACUUCCGUAUGCGUCGAGCUAUGCUACCAGCCUUUUCGGAAAAAGCGCUCGCACAGCAAGAGCGAUUGAUUCGCGUCUAUAUUGACCUACUUAUGCAACGUCUCUCAGAGUGCGCGCAAUCCAGCAAACCAGCGGACCUGACACGCUGGUACAAUCUCACAACUUUUGAUCUGAUCGCAGAUCUCUGUUUUGGGAAGUCGCUGGAUGGCUUGGAGACGGGAAAGUCGAACGCUUGGAUUGAGAAGAUCGAUAAGAUGUUGCGACUCAUGCCAGUGUUGAUGCUGGUCACAAGCUUCCCGUUCCUGAUGACGCUAUUCAAUCUAGUCUUGGGCAAGAAGAUGAAGCAGUCGCGUAAAGAACAUCAAGACUAUGCUGCGUCGCUCGCAAUGAGCCGAAUCCAAGGAAAGGAGCAAGCCGAUCGUGGAGAUUUUAUGGACUUCAUUCUACGCUCACGUGGCGAGGACAAUCAGUUGACAGACGGGGAGCUCGUACACAACGCCGAUCUUCUUAUGGUCGCGGGCUCUGAGACCACGGCAACAAUACUUCUCGGCGUCACAUACUACCUAUUGAAGAAUCCAGACGCCUACAAAAGAGUAAUCGAGGAGGUACGAGGUGCCUUCAAGCGUGCAGAAGACAUCAACUUCAGGGAUGUCAAUGCGCGCUUGCCGUACAUGUUGGCUUGCCUGAAUGAGGCGAUGCGCAUCUUCCCGUCUAUUCCUUUAGCAUUGUUGAGGAUAACGAACGAUGGUCCGCCAACACCCGUGGCUGGUCACUCAAUACCUCCCAAGGCCCGCGUUGGUGUGCACCACCUUGCCGCGUAUCACUCGCCACUCAACUUCCACGACCCACAAUCGUUCCGCCCGGAACGCUGGCUACCAGAGGAAUUCAAUGACCCAUCGUCGCCUUUUCAUAACGACCGACGCGAUGUCCAUAAGCCCUUCUCAUAUGGUCGGCGUGAUUGCAUCGGUCGCAAUCUUGCAUUCCUUGAGAUGCGUCUGAUUGUUGCUCUGCUGUUGUGGAAUUUCGAUUUGUCACUUGACGAAGGCAUGGAGCAGUGGCAUGUGCAGAAGAUCUUUAGUCUAUGGCAAAAGCCGCCUCUGAUGAUGCAUGUCCAGCAGAGAGCGCAGAAGUAG